CAUCAGCAUCAUCCCCUGCUCACGAGAAAAAUCAAAAUCACAAAAUAAUAAUAAUAAUAAUAGAAGAAACAUUAUUUCUCCGACUUCUUUUCUCACUAGAGAAUUAACGUUUUACAGAGAUUCGGAAAUUACUCUCACGUAGUUCAUGAGGUGUAAGAGAAACUGAUUGGGAGAAAAACCACGUUUUUUUUCAGUUUCUUGAAACCCAUCUCUGGUAACCCUUUUUAAGGGUUUCAUUAUCAAUUUCUUCGUUGAGAUUUUUAUCAGUUGAUCACAGGUCUUGUUGGCUUUAUAUUACAUUAAGCGUUUUAUGAGAUUACAUCGAAUUCGUUUCUGAAGUAAUUUGUGCUUCUGAAAUUUGGUAAGGGAUGCGGAGCAGCUCUUGGUUCUCAUAUUGCAGAUUUCUUUAUUGUGACAAUUGGUCAGUAGAUCGGCAUGAGUAAAAUUGGAGCUAUUGGUCGCAGUGGGAUAUUUAGAAAAUCAAACAAAAGCAUGAGGUUAUUCGUAACAACUUUUGUCGGAGUUGUGUUUGGCUUCUUGCUAGGAGUAUCUUUUCCAGCUUCUUUAUAUAGGCUUAACAUUACAUCCCAUCUAGUGGAAGAUACAAAUUCCAGUAUUUCCACUGAGCAGCUGUUGCACCAUGCUUGGUCCAGUAUGACGGGCCACAAUGAAAGUAGCUUAACUCAAGUUCAAACUCGUAAUGAUACUUCAAAGAUAUGGGUUUCUUCAAAUCCGCGAGGUGCAGAAAGAUUACCUCCGGGUAUUGUUGUAGCAGAAUCAGACUUUUACGCUCGUAGGUUAUGGGGCAAGCCCAGUGAGGACUUUACUAUGAAGCCAAAGUAUCUCGUAACCUUCACUGUUGGUCUUGGUCAGAAAAGUAACAUUGAUGCAGCAGUUAAAAAGUUUUCAGGGAACUUUACUAUCAUGUUAUUUCACUAUGAUGGCCGGACUAGUGAAUGGGAUGACCUUGAGUGGUCAAAGCAAGCAAUCCAUGUGAGUGUGUUGAAGCAAACUAAAUGGUGGUAUGCCAAAAGGUUUUUGCAUCCUGAUGUGGUUGCAGCAUAUGAUUACAUAUUUAUAUGGGAUGAAGACCUUGGGGUGGAGCAUUUUGAUGCUGAAGAAUACCUUAAAUUGGUGAGAAAGCAUGGUUUGGAAAUUUCACAACCUGGUUUGGAUCCUAAUAGAGGAACCACAUGGCAGAUGACAAAGAGAAGAGGUGACCUUGAAGUCCACAAAGACACCGAGGAGAAACCAGGCUGGUGCAGCGACCCCCAUUUGCCACCAUGUGCAGCUUUUGUUGAGAUCAUGGCACCUGUAUUUUCCCGAAAUGCAUGGCGAUGUGUGUGGCAUAUGAUUCAGAAUGACUUGGUUCAUGGAUGGGGUCUUGACUUUGCUCUCAGCAAGUGUGUUGAGACUGCUCAUGAGAAAAUAGGGGUUGUGGACGCUCAGUGGAUUGUUCAUCAAACUGUUCCUUCUCUGGGGAACCAGGUUAGAGAAAGGUGUAGACAAGAAUGGUCCAUUUUCCAAGACAGAUUUGCAGCUGCAGACAAGGCUUAUCACAAGAAAAUGGGGAUUGAUCCGCCCAAUUCCACAUUCAUUUAAGGAGCGCAUGACAGUGAA